CUGCCACGGUACUCGGUAGUACGGAAUUUCCUUAAGUUAAUCCAGUGAUAAACAGGUUUCGAUAUCUUGUGUUUCAUAUUGUUUAUUUAUAUGUGUAUUCGGUUCCUCCGUGAUCUUUUCGGGUAUUUUUUGAACUUUUCUAGAUAUUUAUAGUAAUUAUUUUUUAAAUGACUUCAGAAAGAACUGAAUCGUGAUUUUGUUUAUAACCAUUUUGGAUAUCAAUAAUUAAAGUGAACACUAUACCAAACAAUGUUAGUUCGAAUUAUAACCUUAUAUUCACUGGUUAUAAGCAUUGUUUACGGUCAAGUGAUCAGCCAAUUGAAAUCUCCAUGUCCGGAAGUGUUCAAGUACGAGCAAAGAAGUGCUGAACAACCGGACAGGUGGUUCGGGGUAGUGACAGUCGGUACCGACGAAGAUCUGGAAGGUGUAUGGCUCAAAAUCGUAAUGGAUAGGAAAGUUGACUUGCUAGGGAAUUGGUUUGCCGAAGCUGUAUCGAAAGACAACAUUGAGUUUUCGAUAAGAAACAGUCAGUACAAAUUAGAAGCUGGCCCUCCUGUCCUAAUACGAUUUUUUGUGAAGUAUAAUGUGGCAGGCGUCGUUCCUACAGUAAAGAAAAUUUUAUUAAACGGCAAAACCAUUUGUCCGAUUCCAAGAUCGGAGCCCACCAAACCAGUACUACACAUAACCGUUGAAAAACCGAAUACGAGCAGCGAAACAAGCGAAAAUUAUUACAAUCAGCCAAGCCAUAACUACAACGAUCAUUCCUAUAAUCAAAACAACGAACAAUCCUAUAAUCAAAACAACCAACAAUCACAUAAUCACAACCGCGAAACCGACGUUGAUAAUGACCGUUUUCCUAAUUCACAAGAAGUUUCGUUGAGUUCCAAAGCCACCACUCACCGACCAAUGGUAACACGGACAACCGAUAGACCCUACAGUACCAGUACACAGCAAUCUCAAAACAGGCCCCUAAGCAAUAUCGAUAAUGAUAAUGAUGAUGAUGACGAUGACUUUUACCAAGGCGAUUUUCCAACGCUCAUUACAAGUAAACGACCUAAUUCCAGACCCACUCCCAUGCCGAUACCUAGAAGAUCUGCUCAGUGCGGUACUGUCCUGCAAAGGCCCACUCCUUUGAUCAGUCACGGACAGGAAACUACUCCUGGUCAGUGGCCUUGGCAUGUUGCCCUUUAUCUGAACCUUGCCCGUGUCGCCACUGUGACAGAACUGAAGUAUACAUGCGGAGGAACACUGAUUUCGGCCAGCCACGUGAUAACCGCUGCUCAUUGCGUUACCAAACAAAAAUCAUCUGCACCGGCUCGAAAGGAGAAACUUGUUAUUUAUCUAGGAAAACACAAUUUGGAAAACUUCGGGUCUGAGAUGCAAAUUCGUCAAAUCGACGAAAUUCUAGUUCACCCCAACUUCAGUUCGACGACUUAUUACAACGACAUCGCUAUUCUGAAAUUGAAUUCGCCAGCUGAAAUUAACGACUACGUCAGACCCUGUUGUCUAUGGGAAGGAGAAACUAAUAUCGAACGACUUGUGGGACAAAGAGGCACAGUAGUUGGCUGGGGAUACAACGAAAGUGGCGAGCUAUCAAAAAAUUUGAUGCAAACUGAACUACCUAUAGUGUCCACGGCGACAUGUCUGUUUUCCAACAGAAAUUUCUUCUCCCAAUUCAUGACAAAUGAGAACUUUUGUGUCGGAUUUAGGAACGAUACUGCGGUGUGUAACGGAGAUUCAGGAGGAGGUAUGGUAUUCAAGAGACCAGGAACCUCAGGCGAAAAUACAAUUUGGCAGCUACGAGGCCUAGUUUCGCUCGGCGUUGUGAAGCAAACGCAAACUAUCUGUGAUCCGAAACAAUAUUCGAUAUUUACCGAUGUGGCAAAGUAUCUGAGCUGGAUAAAGGAUAAUAUUUAUUAGAAGUUGAAACUAUAUUGUGGCUGGCUAUACACCCUUUUUUUUGGACCCUUCGGCUAAAAAAAAAUACCUACUCUUAUGGGUAGUUAAGCUCAAUAGACUUUUUUGUUUGAACUGAAUAUUUUGUAUGACUUAUUUUUAAGUAUUUUAUCACAUUUGUUUGCAUUAAAUUCAAUAUUGGAAUAGGACGACGUUAAAACUUGUAGAAAUUAAUGUGGCUAAUGUAGGUAUAAAUAAAAUAAGGUAAAUGCAUUUUUGUAUCUUAUAAAUUUAAAUUAUUUUUAAUAAAAAUUCAUUCAAUUCGAA